CUUACGGAACAUCAGCUGGGUGAGUGUCUGUUCGCUGCUUUCAGGUAGUUUACGCUGAAAUUGACACACCGCAGACAGGUGGGGAGGAUGAGCUCAAGCUGUGGCACAAGAAGAAAGGUCCGACAGCAGCAGCUCUCCUGCAGCUUGGUGCCGUCUGAUCCUGAAACACAGGCAGAGACCCAGGAUCUCUUUAACAAAGUUAAAACCUUUAUGAAGCCAGUGGAUGAGGAAUGGCGCAUCCCCGACCCUAAUGUUGCUCUCAAACACCCGGCAGAGAACCACCGACACCUCCAGGAGCUGAAGGCGUCUCUGAAUGCCGUGAAGAACCAGCUCAGUGACAAGAACAUACAAGUGUGGCACCAACACACCAACUCCACCAACCGAGCUGGGAAGGUGAUCGCUGCUGUUCGCUCGGCUGCCAACGCGGAGAUCUGCACUCAGGCCUGGUGCAAGUUCUACGAGAUCCUGGGGACCUUUGACCUUCUGCCAGAGGAGGCGCUUCAAAACGGGGAGCUGAACUCCGUCCAUCUCUGUGAAGCUCCAGGAGCGUUCAUCACCGCUCUCAAUCACUACAUGAAAACAAACGAGUCCACCCGCUACUGCGACUGGGGCUGGGUCGCCAACACCCUCAACCCGUACCACGAGGCCAACGGAGGGAGCACGACCAUCGUGGACGACCGGCUGAUCGCCAACACGCUGCCGUGGUGGUUCUUUGGCUCCGACAACACGGGGAACAUCAUGCUCCAGAAGCACCUGCUGGAUCUGCAAGUGUUUGUGUCCAACAUGCAGCGGGUCGACGUGGUGACGGCCGACGGAAGCUUUGACUGUCAGGAGAACCCGGACGAGCAAGAGGCGCUGGUGGCGUCGCUGCAUUACUGCGAGGCCGCUGCAGCGCUGCUCCUCCUGAGCCCCGGUGGCUCCUUCGUCCUGAAGAUGUUCACGCUGUAUGAACACUCCUCCAUCUGCUUGCUCUACCUGCUGAACUGCUGCUUCCGCUCCGUCAGCGUCUUCAAACCCGCCACCAGCAAAGCGGGGAACUCCGAGGUUUACGUCGUGUGUUUGAACUACGAGACCAAGGAGGAGGUGAGGCCUCUGCUCUCCAAACUGAUCCGAAAUUAUGGCCCAAAUCUGGCUGACAGAGAGGCGUUGUUCCCCAGCUCGGUUAUCCCAGAGACGUUUCUGAAGCAGCAUGAGGAGUUGUGCUCCUACUUCCACACCCUGCAGGUGGGGACCAUCGGUGAAAACCUGUGGCUGUUUGAAGGGAUGAGCACAGAGAGGAGGCAGCGGCUUGACCACAUCAGAGACUGUGUUGUGCAUGAAUACCUGCAGCGCUUCCAGGUGAGCUUUCUUCCCAGGAGCCGGUGGAUUUCCAGGAACACGGUGAGUCCCGCCUGCUGCAGCGUGCCGGCAGGUCGACCUCUGGGCCAGAAGAAGCAAACCGGCUCCUUCAACGAGCGCAGGGAGCUGCAGAACCUGAGCUGGAGGGAGCGAAUUGGGCGGAGCUGCCAGGCUGCGCUGAUACAGAGUCACUGCACUGAGGACAGAGGGCUGGGCUGCGUGUUAGAAGGACCCCGCUCCAGCUGCUAUGUAGAUUCAUGGUAUGUUGUAACUGGAGCUGCGCUGCCUGCAGUCAGGAACUCUCCAUUCUGUGACUCAGCGCUGUUGAACCACCUGAACGAAGCCCUGCAGGAUGCAGCGGUGGACUGGACUCUAGUGACCCCCUGCCGCUCCUGCCGUGCGGCUUGCACUGCCUCCAUUUUGUCUGAAGCUGGAGGUCUUGAGGGGAGCAAAGAGAAACGGCAGUGUCUGGUGUUCGACAGCCGCGCAGCGUGGGCUGCUGCUGCUGAGAGCCAAGCAGACGAUUUAGUUCUGACGUUCAGUGAAGAGCCUUCGUUUCCUCAGAGAGGCUGCAUCCUGCUGCACGACGGCGAGCCUCUGUACCAGCAGCAGCUGCUGGGAUGUGUCCUGCUCGCCCUGCAGACCCUGAGCGCCGGGGACGCCCUGCUGCUGCGGGUGUUUUCGGCCCUGACUCGAGUCACCGCUGCCACUGUGUUCUGCCUGCACGCCUGUUUCCGCUCCAUCUCCUUCAGGUGUCCACCCCCGUCCGGCGGAGUUGGGGCCUUGCUGAUGUGCGUCGGCUUCUGCCCCGAAGCGGCCGCUCCGAUGCUCCCAGUUCUGAGUGACGUGCAGAGCAGCAUCCAGCAGCUGAUUGGAGGAGGAGAAGGAGACAUGGGGGAGAACCGAACACACGCAGGUGACAGACAGGUACUGCAGUUUGUUCCCAUGGAGGAGCUGCUGAAAGGAGGACUAACAGAGUUCCUCUGGACCAUGAACUCUGAAAUCACCCAGCAGAAGCUGCACCUCCUGCUGCAGGAGGCAGCUUACUGAGGCUAAGGCUGCAGCGGAUUAUCACUCCAGAACAAUACGACAUGUCCGUUUUUAUUUUUCUAACACCAACAAACAGAAGAACAAAACUAAAGGUGCAGUCCACUAAGUAAAAGUAAAUUUUACUUCUUGAAUUUAAUUUUACAAAUCAAAAUUAUGUACAGAACACUGCAAAUACACAAAGUCGUACCAAGUAAUUUUGGUUUAGUUUCUAGUACAAAUGUCUCAGUACAAUUGAAAUUAGACAAAACCUACUUAAG